AUGUCUUCGGCCAACAGAAAGGAGCAGCGCGUCUCCUUCCAGACCAUCCCAUCCUCCAAGAGCCACCGUCACCAGACGAGCGACUCGGGCGUCGGAUCCGAUUUCAGCUCGAGCCCCACGCCCCAGGAAUACUUCGACCUCGAGAGGAACCACAUCAAGCUGAAGGAGGAAUUCCUGGCAACCAGGAACAAGCUCAAAGAAGCAGAAGCCCAGCUCCAGGAGGCUAACGCCCGAUUAAGCGCCAUGGAGAAUACCGUCGAGGUCCUGAAGAACGACAACAAGGCCCUGGAUCGCGAGAAGCGCAACCUGCGCACAGAGGUCGAGGCCCUUCGCGAUGACAUCCGCAAGUCUCGCUCAAGCCCACCCCGGGAAUCGACUAAGAUGUCGGGUGCCCUCCCACCCCACCCGUCUUCUCCCAAGGAGCACAAGGAGCACAAGGAGCACAAGAGCUCGCGCCGCAGCGAAUCCAAGCACCACCGCAGCGAGUCCAAGCACCGCCGCAGCGAGAGCAAACCUCGGAAGAACACAGAGGAGAAGGAGCUCGAGAAGCGCGUCAAGCAGGACAAGGAGCGUCUCCGGGGCCGUUUCGACCACAAGGACGACAAGAGUAUCGCCUCCAGCACCAGUUCGGGCCGUAGCAAACAGAGCGGCAGCUACAUGGAGCCCUUGGGUCCUGUUGCCCCCCGACCCGCUCCCGCCGUGGAGCAGGCGGGCCGUUCCCGUCACUCACACCACAACUCCAUCAGGCCGGCCGUCUACACGACAACCACCAUUCCCGAGCCCGCUUACGGCGCCUUGCCACACAGCCCAGCAUACCAGGACUACGACGCCGAUUACUAUCCUGAUGCUACUUCACAAUACGUUCAAGAGGACGGCGGUUAUCACUUUCACCCUCUGCCGGUUGACCCACCCCGCGGGAGAUCGCACCGGUAA